AGGCGCAGUAACUGAAAGAUGGCCGCUUACGAUCAAUGAAUUCGUAGUACGGGUGUGUGUGAAGUAGUGUUUCGUGAAAUUAUGACUUACAAAUGAAUAAAAGGCAUAUUCAAGGGACAUGGGUAAAGACCAGGAAUUGUUGGAGGCUGCUAGAAAGGGCAAUACGGCCGUGGUGGAGAAGAUAUUGGGACAGAGAGCGAAAAGGAGUGGUCCAUUGGCAAGCCUUCGGAGGGGUCCUGGUGCAAAUGUGCAAGACAGUAGUGGAUAUUCAUGUCUUCAUCAUGCUGCGCUGAAUGGACACAAAGAAAUCGUAAAACUUCUCUUGGACCAUGAUGCCUCAACGAAUAUUGUCGACAGCAAAGGUUCAUCUCCGCUCCACUUGGCUGCCUGGUCUGGCAAUGUGGAAAUCGUCAGACUGCUUUUAUCAGGACCAGCUAUCUGUAACGUGAAUUUGACGACCAAAGAUGAUGAAACUGCUCUCCACUGCGCUGCACAAUACGGCCACACUAAUGUGGUCAGUCUCUUACUUCAACAUGCCUGUGAUCCUGGAAUAAGAAACUGUAGAGGCGAAACUGCAUUGGAACUUGCUGCUCAAUAUGGAAGAUUGGAUACAGUGGAGCUGCUGGUCAGGACCGAUCCAUCUUUGAUACAGUGCCUCAAGAGGACCACACCAGAUACAGUAUUUCCUCACACCCCGUUGCAUUUAGCUAGUCGAAAUGGACACAAAGCCGUAGUCGAGGUGCUCCUUCGGGCAGGUUUCAGCGUCAACAUGCGGACGAAAGCAGGGACGGCCUUGCACGAGGCCGCCCUAUGCGGUAAAGUCGAUGUGGUCAGGACCCUGCUGGAGCACGGGGCCAACACGUCCAUCAGGAACGUGAAAAACUUCACGGUGAUGGAUCUGUUGAACCAGUUCAAUACUGCGCCGGCGUCUCAGGAGAUCAUCAACAUAUUGAAGCGUCAUAGAAGAGGAUUACCACUAGUAGACAGUGACGGAGAGAGUAUUAGUCAUCCUUUUCCAACUGUGCCAAAUACAGAUUCCGAUUUAGGUAGUCCGUACGAGAACGUGAGACCAUCAUCCAAGAACGCGAGGUCGGUGACCACUGACCCUUCUCCCGGAACUUCCCCGCAAAGAUGGGAUUACAUGAGGCACGCUCGUCCUCCAGAAGCCUUCGACGACAGGAGGGUUUCCGGAGUUUCUGGAAUUUCAAUCAUGAACAACCACAUCCCACCACCAACACGAGAUAUCAAUCAAAACGAUGACACCUAUGUACCCAUGUCAUACACUGGAAUGCGUAACUCGAAACCUUACAGGAGCCUUCCAAUUCCCAAACGCACGAGAACUAGACCCUUGCAUAUCGAGCAGGCUCCUUUGGAGGGUAUCAUUUUUAAUUUCAAUGAAAAGCUGGUCAUGCGCAAAAGUAGCUCGGCUUCCACGAAAUCUGCAUCUUCUACGGCUUCCUUCUACUCGGCAAUAGACUGCAGUUCUCAAUGUGGCUCGCAUAGUAACUCUGAUUCAUCCACACAGGAGUCAGACAACAGUCUUUAUCAGAUCCCCUGCGUACCUAGGCAGUUUAUGGAUAGCAGCGCCUACUCUGAGGAUCUGAACUAUCUGAGCGCCAGUAGAGAGUCUGAUCAGAUCAGCGUUUCUUCUACGGCUUCUAGUUGUGGUUAUUAUCCUAGGAGACCUGAUAGCGGUGGCGUAUAUGUGCCAAUGAAUAGUUCGAGAAGUGGGCACAGUCCGGGCUCUAAUAGCAAGGUUUCGCCAACGCCUCCAAAAAAACCACCGCGUCGCAACAUAUCGGUUUCUCCGACGCACAUCCAGCCCAUGUCGAUGUCAGUCGAUGGCGUCAGCAAUAGCGCCUACGAGUACCUCUUCCUGGCACACAGUGGCACCAGGAGCCAAGGUAACCUCAACGACUUCAACAAAGAGAAUAGAAGAGAACGCUUGAGCCACGGCAGGAGCAUGGACCAGUACGUCGAGAUGAACGUAUUCAACAUUGCCUUGGACGAUGAGCCAGAAAGACCUAGGAGCGAGCUCCAAAGAGGCAAGAGUGAGGAUCUAGAUAGUAGGAAGAAAGAGCCUACGGCUAUCUCGUCUAUGUACGAGAACGUGAUUAUCAAACAGCAGAACCCGAGGAGAAAACUCAGGAGGAAUCCUGAGGUGUACGAGGACUACGACUUCAGGAGGAAAUGUAAGCAGGAACCGCUAGCUAGCUCCUCGGCUCCUGAAACUACCUUUGUCUCGAAUGCGUUCAUAAUGAUUUCGGAUGAUAACGGGGACAAAUCCAAUACCAUAAAGAACGAAAAGAAACUUACUAUUAAUAAUAGUUUUCCACUGUCACCUACUCAUUACCUUCAACCUCCUACUCCUGACCAUCCUCCACCCACUGCUGUGCAAGCUGAACAUGUCAUUUAUGAGAAGAUUCGGCCUCUUAGUCAGUUGAAUUUGUUAGAAAUUACAACCAAUGGCAGGCAUGCAACGCUGCAUUUUACUGUCUAUAAAAACCGACUUUCGUGGAUCCAUCAGGAGUACAAAAGGAGGUCCAGGGACAUGGAAACCGAAAUCGAGGAUGAGUAUCUACUCAUCUAUGAAGGCUCCAGUGGGAGUUUUUCCAGUAGUGUUUCUUUAUCGGAUAGGAGCAUCGAUAAUAUGCUGGAGGAGUACCACUCUGAUGUCCCAUUUGCAGGUCUCAUAAAGGGCUCUGCCAAAAAGGUUCUGGAGAACAUCAGCCCGAAUACGCCCGCGCAGCGCCCAAAAACCCUCAAAAAAUUGAAACGCGUAUACGAAACGACUAACGGCGACGGAAUCAAAAGCGACAAUGAGAAAUCCUCGAGUUCAGAGAAGGAAUCCGAUAACAAGGAGAAUAAGGAACGUGUCUCGGCAUUGAGUCCUUUCGACGAACAGGAGGAAUGGGCGAAGAUCCAGGAGAUUAUGGCGUCGUUCGGUACCGGAAUAGUCCGCGAAUCCGUUUUCGUGGCCGAGCUGGAAAAGGAGUUCCAAAGUAGGCUGAUGACUAUCAGCUGUUCGCAAAACAGUUUGGAUAAUAAUUCCACUGGAUGUGCGACCACCGUAGAGAAGUGGUUGCAAGGAUUGGGCAUGGGGGAUUAUAUCGGUCUGUUUAUGACCAACGGCUUCGAUGAUUUGAAUUUCUUGAAUGGCGUUAUCGAAGAAAACGACUUGAAAGAAAUGGGUAUCACCAGCGAACUAGAAAGACAAAUACUUUUAGAUUCAAUUAAACAACUAUCUCUGAAAAUCAACGAAAGUCCACCCAACGUUUGCAAUAAUAAUAACGAACAAAACUCUGUACGACUGUGGUUGAAAAAGAUAAACCUCGAUCAGUAUUACGAUACGUUUGCCAAGCAUCUGUAUCACGAUAUGGAACGAGUCAAAAGAAUUUGGGAUGUGGAGCUCUCAGCUGUGUUAGAUAUCGAAAAAAUUGGGCAUAGAAAGAGGAUACUAGCCAGCGUGAGUAGCGGAGAGCAUAUUGUGUCUGGUCCAAAAUUAGAAGAAAUAACUGAUCUCAAUUCCUUGAGAAGCCAACCUGUACCAGAUCUCCCAUCACCGUCAACUCAUUCAGUGAACAGCAAUACUGGGACGAUAAGGCAUAGGCACAAGAAAUCUCGACCAGCACCACAACCACCUGUGAAACAAACUGAACCUGAGAAAAAGUCGCCAGCAGAAAUUUUCGUUGGAGGAAGUAACUCCAUAAAAUCCCAGUGGAGGCAUCAGCCCAUACUUUUGAUAACGGGAUGUGUCAAAUAUGCAGCAAAUUAUUUGGGCUCCACUACCAUUCUGGAAUUCAAAGGAACUGAGUCUACUAAGAAAUCUAUCCAGAGGGUGAUGAAGUCGAAAGACCAUCCUAGCGAGGAGAUAUGCCUAUCUAUCUCCUACAGAGGUGUGAAGUUUAUAAAUCCCAUAGCACAGAAAAUUAUAUGUGAACACGAGAUCAAGAAUAUGAAUUGCGUUUGCCAGGAUACAGAGAAUCAGUCAUUUUUUGCGUACAUCACGAAGGAUUGUGAUUCUUUCUACUGCCACGUGUUCCAAGCAGUUUCUUCGGAGCAAGCCAUCGAUAUCAUCCUGACACUUGGCCAAGCCUUUGAGCUGGCCUACCAGAUGGCGCUGCGCGAUCAAGUCACCAGCAAGACCAAAAGCAGCCGUGACAACCACAAACCUGCUGUGAGUCCUGGAUCCGUCUCCUCCAACAGCCGAGACUUCAAGGACGCCUCCACUCGGUCGGCGGACUGUAAACUGAACGGUCAUCCCCUGAAAAUGAAGCCUUUAACGCUGUCCAUCGCAGCAGAGCCAGUGGAUGUGGGACCUCAGAGAACACCAACAGAGGGAGAAACACAUGAGUAGUGGGGAAGAAAUCUGUGAAAUUUUACGGAGGUUUGGGAAAGAUAAGUUGCUUCUGGUGAGAACAUUUUCUCAUAACGACGGUGUUAAAAUUGUCAAUGCUUCGUGGAGACUAUUGACUGUUUGAGAUGUAACAAACCGUCAGCUGAUAAUAGGUUCAGAUGAACUUUAUCUUUCCUAGACUAUGAUGAUGGAUGGAAGAAGAACACUGCCAGUGCUACUUUGGCAGAUUUGAAAUCGUUUGUGCCACAACUCUCGUGUUAGUCGUUAUUUUAGAUGAAAUCACCUGUCAUGUCAUCAAAUCUUUAGGUAGAUAGCACAGUCAUUGAAAAUUUGGAUAAUUAAAAAAUAUUUUACUGAUAGAUAAUGAUAAAUGUAAUAUUUUCUGAGAUUAUACGAAAGCAACGUAGUUAGUGUGCUUGAAAUGUGACAAAGAUAAGUAUAAACCAAAAAUCCAUAUUCACAAAUUUUGCAUCAGUAUUAAAUGACCAUAUACAUCAAGCAAUAGAUUAUAAAAUGCUAGAUAAAAGACGUCUAUUUGGAUCCAUGAAUUCGUUUCUUAUGUAAAAAACGUUUCAGUGUUUAGUUACCUUCAACCACUUCACAUUCGAUCAAAUUAUGGAGCAGCUUCAUCACAAUUGAAUCACGGAGAAUCAAGCAGAGAUUAGAAGACGAAACAGAAAUCAAUGACUCAUAAUUAUUCAGACUCAUUUUCUUUAGACGAACUUCUUCUUUGCGUGUUGAAGAUUCAAACUAUAGUUAUUUACUGAAUGAACCAUCAUUCGAUGAAGCUGCACCAUUAGGGUCGACUACGAUCUAGGUUCAGUUGAGAGAUCUUUACACCUCUGUUCUAGUUUAUCUAUUUAUUUCAAGUACAUGACUGCCGACGAGCAGAACUGCUCAGGAACUGUCCUGAGGAGGAAUCCAAAUCGAACUCUAGGUUUCAAAAAUUAUAUGAGAAUGAAAAACUAGAAACCUUACCUCAUCAAUUGUCAAAGGAAAUACACUGACCAAUGGAAUUAACGGGUAGGUAGAUUAAAAUAACAUCACAUAAUGGAAGGAACAAACUGAUAAAUGAACAAUAAAGUAAUCACUAAUGUGGGUUUCAAGAUGUUGCAACACAGCACUUGUGUAAGUGAUUCCUCCUUAAUCGAGUUUGCAGAGAAAUAUAUGCAACCGGCUCCCAGAAAACUUUCUGUGAGUGUCUCAAGGAAAAGGCUCACGAAUUUAGCCAGAAUAUACUGGAGAGUAUUUUCUGGAGAGCAUCUCUUCGUGAGGCCGAAAAUGACGAUUAGGUUAGGUACCAAAUUUCAAAUUACUUAUUAGUUUUUUUCUCUCAGAGAUACAAUUUGAAUUCACUUGUAUAUAGAUACAUACAUGAUGAAGUUAUAGAAUAUUCGAAUCAACGUGUGACUUGAGGUGAGCUUGCCUGCUUUUCGCGUCUUGGAGAGUUUAGAAACUAUUUGACGCGAUAUUGUAUUCUGCCUUGUGCUCAUCAUUCAACUGUAUUGAGGUUUGGUCUUUAGAUGAUGUCAAUUCACGAGAAUGAUUUUAUUCUUCAUCAAACCUUACAACACAAAAUCUUCAAUAUAAAUGAAGAAAUUUUGAGUGCAAGUUCAUUAUCCCUAAUUUUUGAGAGUGAUCCCAUGGUUCGAGAAUGAUUCCAUUAUCACUGGGUUGCACCUAUUCGUUUUCAUUUGAUGCAGCUCUAUACAUCUUGCAAUCAUUUCCUAUAUUCCUAGUAUUUCCUCAUCUUUAGUAUAUAACUUUUCUCAGAUAUUCUCAUGAUUUUUUAAAGCAAACUUAACUCAAAGCGAAGAUGAUGAGUAAUUCCAUUGGGAACUGAACAAGAUAAGAAGUAUAUCAAGUAUAUGAGAUGAAAUAACUGGUUAUGGUAUUUUGUUGGUUCUGAGUUCUUUUAUUUCAUUCUCAUAUAUUAUUGGGAGAAGUUUCUCUUAAUACAACUGCAACUCACAUAUAAUAUUCAGUUACUUUUGGUGUAAUUUCUUACAUCAGAAAUUUGCUCAAUUAUCUUGAACUUUCACAUAUUUAGGGAGCAAUAUUUGAAAUAUUUUUUAUGUCAUUGUAUCACUUCCGCACUAUACAACUCACACCACUAUAUAAUAUACAUAAUAAUAUAUCCUCUUAAAGACUAUCUUCCAUUUUUGUAAGUCAUAGCUUGUUAUAUAAAUUAAUGUACAUAAAUGAAUGUCUAGAAAUUAUAUAGAAAAGCUUUAUUAUAAUAUAUUUAGCGGAGUUUAAUCCUUUUUGGUGUGAAAAUCGAUAUUAUAUAAGAGAGAUACAAAUAUUAUGAAAAUACCGCUUUUGAGCAUUUAAUGCUUGAGCUGUUCUGGCUCGAUAAACUCAAAAACUGAAUGUUACGAAAUUUCAAGUUAAUAUAUUAUUCUUCGUAAUUUGUAUUGAAUCAUGGAUUUUAUUCACGCACCAGUUAGAAUUAUCAUUUCCGAAUUCAGUAUUGUAGUUUUCACGUACCUAUUUUAUUAUUUCACUGUGAUUUAUACCUACCCACAUUAAUGUUUUAUAAUUUGUUAAUUUUUGGAUAUUUUAAUAAAUCAUUAUGUUU